AUGAACUUCCUUCUUCUCAUGGUCCUGGUAUUCUUUGCCCCAUUGCUGCUAUAUGUUGUAUGGUUAGCAGCUUCCUCUUGUUUAGGUAGUCGCUUUCGCACUCGUCUGGGUGGAUUUUCAGUCCGGCCGGGCUUGGAUUCAUAUGGUCAAAGCUAUCUCCGGACAAUGGCUAAUUCAGGAUCCGCCAUGUCUGAACAAAUCGAGAUGGAGGAUAUGCUAGCGGAACCCGGAACUCAUCGUCACUUUGAAGAAGACGAAUAA